AUGUCUGCUACCGUUGGCAAUGGGAACGGAGGAGGAAGUAGCAGCAACACGAGCGAUUUGGCGCGCACGUUGAUUGAUGUUAUGAGAAGUGCACCUACAGACAUACCGGAUAUUGUCGUCCUGGAUGAGACAUUCGACGACAAGAAAAGCAAGGACGAACCCAGUCUUCGCGAAGACCUUUGGCUGACGUCCGCUGACGGCCGAUACAAUUCGACCAUCAUACCGCUUCGUGUUGGCCGAGCUCCGAACCAACAGAUAUUCCAAGUGCACAGAGACAUCUUGGUGACGACUGAAUACUUUCGAAAAGCUCUUUGCGGAGACUUCAGAGAAGCGGAGGCGCAGUCAAUGGAUUUCCCAGAGGAGGACCCGGCCAUAUUCCACUUCCUCGUCGCGUUUUUGUAUCAAAGAAGCUUCGUUCCCAUCAGACCAGCCGCUUCCGCUUUGGGUCUCGAUGGGCCGGAUCGGGGCAAGGCGCAAGAUACAGGCCACCAGAGCGACUCGGAAUCGGAAAUCUCAUCUUCGGAGGCCAGCGAUGCGAGCGCUAGGAGUCGCAUGCGGGCUCAGCGGCGGCAACGGCGGCGAGAGCGGCAAUGGGAGCGCUUGAAUCGCAAGCAACCCGGUGCACACCGCCCAGAUUGCAGAUGUCCGCGCUGCACCACCACAACCGGACCACCAUGCUGGAACUGUGGCGUCGUCGGCCGCGCCAGGCCGAUGCCCGGCGGCCCUAUGCCGCACGUCAUGCCUGUGCCUCCUCCCAUGCGGCCUCCAGGCAUGCCGCCGCAGCGUCGGCCUCGCAGCCGGGCCCAGAUCCUUACACCUCCUGGCUCAACACCCUCGGUGGGUCCAUCAGCGCCGGGCAGCGAUGAUGCGAUGGAUGGCGAUCGUAUUCGGGGCGAGGACAUGCGGACAUGGCUUCUCACCUACGAGCUCAGUCUGGAUGUCUACAUAGCCGCCAAUAAGUUCCUCAUGGACGACUUCAAAACAGCCAUCAUGCGCCACUGUGUCGACAUGCUCGAGUCUGCGGGAUCCGACGCGGCGCAGCCGGCCGUUCUGCAUCUUUGUUCGAAGCUCUACGCCGGCGUACCCGAGUCUGAUCCUUUGCUGAAGAUGAUAUUCGCUCGCGUCGGCUUCCUCCAGCCUCUCUUGUGGCAACGGGUGCCGAAGGAGACCUCCGAGUUUUUGAUCGGACACCCGGAAGUGGCGGCUCUGAUGCUCCGCGAGACGGCGGUUCGUCGGGAGGAGGAUCUGGGAGGCAGGACUUUGCCGUCAAUGGAGCGGGCGAUACAUAGCCAUCCCAUGCCUGUCUGGCCCGUCGUCGGAGCGCCUCUGCCUCCUCCCCACUUGCGGCACCCUCCGCCGCCUCCGCAGCCGCACUGGCAUCCAGUCGCGUGGUGA